AAUUAGAGAUAGAGAUAGAGAGACGAGAACGAGAAUGGGAAGUUUUCUGUCAUCUGUGAUCGGAACUGGACCAGAAGAUGCAGGGACUGAAUCUGAGUCAAGUCGCGUCUUCAAGUUUAGCUCUUCAGCUCGGUGGCAACUUCAUUACAAUGAGAUCAAAGAAUCGAACAAACUGCUGGUGGUUGAUUUCUCGGCGUCGUGGUGUGGACCAUGUAAGAUGAUUGAGCCAGCGAUUCAUGCCAUGGCUGAUAAGUUCACUGAUGUUGAUUUCGUCAAAUUAGAUGUCGAUGAACUUCCUGAUGUGGCUAAAGAGUUUAAUGUGACGGCAAUGCCAACCUUUGUGCUGGUGAAAAGGGGUAAAGAAAUUGAUAGGAUCAUUGGAGCCAAAAAGGAUGAACUUGAGAAGAAAGUUAGCAAACUCAGGGCAUAAUGAGCAUUAUUAACUCCUUUCACCGCUAGCCAUGUGUAAACUCAAUAAUAAAUGGUAUGUUGUGGGGAGUGGGUUUGUGCUAUACUCUGUUGUUUCUGCUGUGUCUUCAAUACUAUAAGAACUUUUAUGUGAUUCAACGAUUGAUUGAAAUGGUUUAAUAAAAUGCUUUAGUCUGGUGCAGUGUGGGGAGGGGGUUGUUCUAUACUUUUUUCUAAUGUAAGACUUUCUGUGUGAUGCUGCGAUUGAUUAAGAUGGUUCGUUGAAAUUCUUAUA